AUUCAUUAUUUGAUCGUCGACUGGUGAGCUUACUUGAACCAUUCACAUUGAGUGUUGAAAAUAGCAGGUUUCUACCCCACUAAAUUGUUUUUGUGAACUGUGCUUUCAUGUGAAUGUGCGCGUUCUUCUACUCUCCGCAAUAAAUUAUCAUCAUUGGAGGUGGAGUGGGUGACAAAUGAGUGAAUUGUUCCUAGGAACAUGAAGAGUUUUCCAAUGGAUCAAAUAACAGACAAGAGCGCCUUGUGCGUGCGUGGUUUGAGUAAACGAUACGACAACCACCAAGUUAUACGCGACUUGAAUAUGACUGUUCCAGAGGGAUGCAUAUACGGCCUGCUUGGACCGAGUGGUUGUGGAAAAACAACACUUUUGAACUGUAUUAUGGGUAACAUUCAUUACGACACAGGAUCAAUCUACAUGUCGUGCAAAAAACAAUCACAACUUGGAUUUAUGCCGCAAGAUGUUGCUCUCAUAGAAAGUUUGAGCAUAUUCGAGAUGUUCAGCUACUAUGGAAGAAUGUUCGGUAUGUCUACAAAUAAAAUUGAAGCUCGGGCGGAGGAGCUGAAAGCUCUUCUCCAGUUACCUCCCUUGGAAUCGAGAAACGGUUGCUUGAGUGGUGGUGAGCAGAGGAGGGUUUCUUUUGCAGUGGCUCUUCUACACGAUCCUGAGUUCCUAAUAUUAGAUGAGCCAACUGUUGGUCUCGAUCCACUACUUAGUCAAAGCAUUUGGCUCUAUCUGGUUAAAUUGACAACAAAAACAAAAAAGACAAUAAUUUUAACAACUCAUUACAUUGAGGAGGCGCGACAUGCUCAUAUGGUUGGCCUUAUGAGAGGAGGAAGUAUUUUGGCUGAAGCUCCACCUAUGAAUCUCAUGUCUAGUCACAACUGCUCAACUCUCGAACAAACAUUUUUGAUUUUCAGUCAAGCCGAUGAGCAAUCGCAUAAGCUUCCAGAUGAGACUGUCAAUCAAGAGCCAUCUCUUAAGCUCCGGUCUCCAAUUGCGAAACAAACGUCCUUCUCAUUCAGUAGAUUUAAGGCUCAACUGCUGAAAAACACGCUUUACGUUACACGGGAAGUGCCACUACUGUUGAUACUGUUCCUGAUGCCAAUAAUGCAGUGCACAUUCCAAAACGUGGCGGUGGGCCACGAUCCGACUCAGCUGCCGAUUGCUGUCGUCAACCACGACCACUACGACUGCGCCCCCCACCACCACUCCCACCACACCUGCGACUGGGACACGCCCAUCAGCUGUCGAUUUCUCAGCCACCUGCAGCGCACAACCGAUACUCUGCACAUUGUUGAUAAACACAACUUACUUGAAGCGGAAAGGGAUCUGAAGAGAAACAAUGUUUGGGGUCUGCUCUAUUUUGCGCCAAACUUUACACAAGCAAUCGCUGCCAGAUACGUGAACGCAUCCGUCCUCAACACACCUGACGACGUUUUCGACAUUGGCGCAGUCAAUAUUCGCUUGGAUAUGUCAAAUCAUGUGGUUGCAAAUAUCAUGAGAAUGGAUCUGUCCAGCACUUUAAUUGAUUUCUUGAAGGAGCUAUUCCAUGAAUGCAAUUGGCCAGACACAGUAGUUCAGUUGCCAAUGCGAAUUGAAGAGCCAAUCUAUGGUAGCAGACGGCCAAUUUUCACUCACUUCCAGUCUCCAGCUAUUCUUGUGGCGUUUGAUUUCUAUUUGCCACUACUCUUCACCACAGGGUUCCUAUUACACGAAAAGGUGUCGGGCGUUCUGGAAAGAACAAUGACUGUAGGUCUAACUCCGCUUGAGCUGAUCCUCGCCCACUUGGUUCUUCAGGUUAUAAUAACAAACCUGCAAACCGGCUUGAUGCACUUCAUAUUCUAUGUGCUGUUUGAAAACCCGUUUGUGUGCAGUGUGUGGCUGCCUUUCCUUCUAUCGUUUUGGCAAGGAAUGAGCGGAAUGUGUCUUGGUUUCUUCAUGACGGCUGUUUCAAAUUCGCAUGUCAUGGCUAUGAUGGGUGGCACUGGAAUUUUCUUCUUUGUUACUUUUACAAGUGGUGUUCUGUGGCCACUUGAAGGGAUUCACAGUUCAAUGAGGGAGGUGAUCUGGUGGUCUCCACUGGCCCUGUCGACAGAGGCGAUGCGUGGCAUCACGGCCCGCAACUGGCCCAUCACACACCCACACAUCUACAAAGCAUUUAUGGCAAUCACUGGUUGGACGGCUGUAUUCCUCAUCGCAACCUAUGUAGUCAUCAAGUACAGGGGCUUUCACUACAAAAAAUAACACGCAACGAUAUUUAUUUAUGAUAAUUUAUUUUUAAUUUUUGCGUUCCAUGUUUCCUAAUGUGCUGGUUUGAUAAAUAAAUGGAAUAAAUGAUAAGCCCAAGGUUGGUCUUGGUCAGAGAUAUAUGGGGCCGUGUCAUUAACUACUUUCAAGAAA